ACCGAGAAACACGACACGGCAGUGGUAUUCAUGUUCCGGGGCGCGCGUGGAUAAAGCGCACAGGCAGGAGAGAGCGCGCGCUUGGCUUGGAGCGGGUCUGUACAUCGCUACAGGGUCGGUGUCGGUGCGCCGGAGAGCGACAAUGUGAGAGAGAGAGAGAGAGAGAGAGAGAGAGAGAAGGGUGGAAUGGGAACCUGCCGACCAGAUUUCCUCCGCGCGCACACAUACACACGAACACGGACGCACGAGGAGGCACGCUGCACAGGUGAUGCGCAUUAGGUGAACUCAGCUCGAGCGAGUUAUUUUUAUUUUAUUUUUUUAUUUUUUCCAAUUUAGUUUUUAGGAAAAGCUCCCGCACAUGUGGACUAUAUUCGAUGUUUUAUUACACCUCUGUCUCUGAGGACUUGCGCCAUCUCUGAUCGCCGCCAUCAGGGCUGCGCGUAACGGAGCCGUGUUUCAGUAGGAGCCCCAGACGCCUUUAACGCACGACACACACACAGACACAGACAGAGAGACAGAGAGGACGUUUUAAAGGACAAGGACAAGGACUGCUCGAGCCAAGAUGAACCCUGUCGUGUUCAAUAAGCUGAGCGGCCCGGUGUUGUUCGAGGAGAAGGCGAGUGAGGUGGAGAGGAGCAGCCGGAAUUAUCUGGAGGUGAUUGACGAGCAGCACGCGGAUCUCCUCUCCCGGAGCCACCAGAUCACCGACAGCUCUGUGAUGAGACACAGGAGACCAGGGUCUCGUCAGAACGGAGGAAAAGUUCGUCACAAGCGUCAGGCUCUUCAGGACAUGGCUCGACCGCUCAAACAGUGGCUCUAUAAACACCGGGACAAUCCGUACCCCACCAAAACCGAGAAGAUCCUCCUCGCUCUCGGCUCCCAGAUGACGCUGGUGCAGGUGUCUAACUGGUUUGCAAAUGCACGACGGCGGUUGAAGAACACGGUUCGGCAGCCAGACCUCAGCUGGGCUCUCAGGAUAAAACUCUACAACAAAUACGUUCAGGGCAACGCUGAGAGACUUAGCAUCAGCAGUGAUGACUCCUGCUCAGAAGAUGGUGACCCGGCUGCUCGGGCACAGACGGGUGAGUUCAGCAAGCCCAUGUACCAGAGCGUCAUCAAAAAAGAGGGCAACGGCGUGGGGGCGGGUCUUCGGGCGGCCGCAGACGCCUCGUUGGCUGAGGACUAUGUGUCUCCGCCAAAAUACAAGAGCAGCCUGUUACACCGCUACCUGAACGACUCGCUGCGUCACGUGAUGGUGGCCAACGGCGUGACGGACGCCCGCAGGAGGAACCACUCCGGCUCCUUCAGCUCCAACGAAUACGACGAGGAUCUCCUCUCGCCGUCCUGCUCAGAGACAGAGGCCAACUUCGUCUACCGUACAGAGGCUGUGGAUCAUGGAUCAACUAAAUGUGACAACAGCGUCAUGUCGAAGGAAAAAGGACGUGGAAAAGACGAGACGUAUUGGCGAGAGAUCAACGCAGCCAUGGCCCUGACCAACCUGGCCAAGCCUAAAGACGGUGCUCCUGCUGGCACCACCAGCUGCAUCAUCCAGAAAUCCUCUCAUAUAGCCGAAAUCAAAACUGUCAAAGUACCCAUCAUGCACAAGUACUAGCAACCUCUGCAUACGGAAAACCAACGCAACGUGACUUUUUUCUUAUGUUCGGAAGUUUGCAUAUUUGUGUUUGUUUAUAUUUUGGAAUAUGAAGUAGACUAAUGGUCUUGUUUUUUUUUUUUUUUCUAUGUUAAUUCUAAGUCGUUACAGUUGCCCUGAAAUGCAGCACUUCGUUGUUGUUGUUUUUUUUUGAAGGUUUGUGCUUUUUUAUGAUGCACAAGCGCUUUUCAAGUGUUGAUGAUGAUAACGGUAUUGCGGAACGAGACACUUUUGCAUUGUUAACUUAUUUUGAUAUGACUUUUUUUUUUUUUUUUUUUUGUACUCUGAAAAUUUCUAUU